GGGGGGGGCUUCUGCGGCCACCCCGUCCCACGCGGGGUGGGCUGGCACCGCAGGCGCGAGUUGUGCACGUUCUCAGCCCAACCGAGCGUAGCGACGUUCCGGGCCUGGGCCGCAGGGAACGAGUCCCGGCUUGUAGCGUGGUUCCUUCGGUACGUGCCCAUCCCCGGGGCUCCUGGCCACGGAGCUCCUGGCGCCUGCGCUGGGGAUGUACCAGCUUGCCCGGCCGAGGCUCUCCCGGCGCGGCUGCCUUCGCCCUAAUAACCCCCUCCCAGGCAGAGCCGUGUCUCCACCACAUUAUGGGACCGGGCUUGGAAACUGGUGGGGAUGGUCUGCGGGGAGCCCAGUGCCAGCCGAAAGCCCGGCUGCUCCGGGCGGGGGGCAGGCACCCCCCGGGCUGCCAGCGGGCAGCACCCCGGCUCCCUGCCUGCUGCGGCUGCUGCUGCCAGGCCCCCUGCCAUCAUUCCCUUGGCUGCUUUCAUCCCGUCCCCCUGCCCGGCGCUUCGGCAGAGCGGGAGCCAUUCCGCGCCCGGGGGUGAGCCCUGCCUGGGAGUGCUGCCCGGCAGCAGGGACCAGAUUUUGGGGUGUCCUGGGAGGCGUCGAACCCUUCCAGGCCUGUCCCCCCUCCCCAGGAGGUGUCACCCGGUGGUGUCCCCACCGCCGGUGACCCAGCGCGUGCCGUGCAUCGGCCUCACCGCCGGUCCUGCCGGGGCUACCAGCCCAACGGGCUGUGCCGGAGGGGCCGGAUCCUGUCCUGCCUUUCCACGCCCAAACCUUCCUGCCCAGGCCGCGGGGAGCCGGCCGCAGCUUGUCACCUUGGCCGUGCCCCAAGGAGCAAGGGUCAGCGCUCCGGCCGGGGGGUGCUCGCCGCCGGACCCAGCUCCCACCUUUCUCCCCAGCCCUUAGCUCGGGGAAGGGGCCGUGGGGCCGGGCUCCCCUUCCCCCCCCACCUCCCCAGAGCUGGAGCCGUUCCCCACGUAUUGUUUUAUUUCGGGGCCUGCGGACAAAUAUUCCUCAAUCCCGAGGGGAGGGCGGGAAGUGGCGAACAAUGGUCCUGCGAGCCGGCAGCCCCGCUGCGCCGCCUGUACCCCCCCGGGGCUGGGGGGCUGCCAGCGUCCCCCCGCUGCGGGGACGGGACGGGGACCCUGGCAGAGGAGAGCUGCAGCCCCUCUCUUCCCUUGGGGACCCAGGUUAACCCCCAGGGUGGGCGCCACGGGGACAGCGGGGUCCCCCCCGCGCUCUCACGGCCUCGCCCAGGGUGGUGUUGAAAAGCAAUUAAGCGGCGAGUGCUGGGACGGGUCCCCAUGUCCCCGAGUGUCCCCCCCUCAAGUCCCGAGGCUCAGCCCUGGGCCGGAGCUGAGGCCGUUCUGCCGCUUCCUGCGCAGGAACAGGCGCUGGAAACACCCACCGAGGCCCCCGGAUCCGGCCCCGCUCCUGCCCUGCCCCAGCCGUGGAUUGGGAGCGGGGUGCGGAGCCUGCCCCCCCACCCCCCCCGCACCGUGGAUGCGGGACCCCUCCCCGGGGCGACCUCUCCUCCGCCACUGGUGUGAUGAGUUUGCCUUCUCAGCCGGGCUGCGAUGCCAGGUGCGGGGCUGUCUCCCAUGGGUGCUGCCUCCCACCUUCGCCGGGAGGCGGGGAGUGGUUUGGAGAUCCCUUGGGACAUCUCCCCCCCCACCAUCACCUCCCUGUUCCUCCCAGGGAGCGCUGUGGGGUGGGAAAGGGGUGACAGGAGUUGGGGGGCGUUCCCUGGGUGAGUCCUGGGACACCCCGGCAGCGCCAGGCCCUCUCCCGGGCAGGAGGGUGGGAGCAAUGGGGGGGGACGUGGGACAAGUGAGCGCAGCCCCCCCCAUCCCAUCCCGGGGCAGGAAGGGCCCAGCCAGCGCGCGCCCGCCCUGCCAAGAAAAGCAGCUUUUUGGGAGGCAGCCCUGGCCCCCGGCCAGCCUGGGCUCGGCCUCUCCCCGUCAGGCUGCCACCCCCGGGACAGCGGGGUGGCCCUUCCCUUGUCCCCUCCAGUGCCAUGUGUCCCCCCCCCUCCCCGAGCAUCCCUGGUGCAGGAUGCCGGGCUGGGGGCUCCCGGGGGGCAGGGGAUGAGCCGGGCAGCCCCAAGGCCCUGGUGGUGCUGGUUUUGGGAUGCAGCGCACCCCGACACCCCCUCGCACCCAGCCCGGGGUGCUGGUGCAGGGAGGAGAGAUGCACCCUGGGCUUGUGGGGGGUGGGGGUCGUAGCCUUGGCCCCGCUCAUCCCUGCAGCCAAAAUCAGGCGCCGUCUCAGCGCCUGGAGCAGCUGAGCCCUGUCUGGCUCGUUCCGCCUGUGGAAGGGGCUGGUCUGCGCCCCCAAACCAGCAUCUGCAGCCCACGCCUGGGGCUGAUCCUGUCCUGGCUCCGCUGGGCCAGCUCGUCUCCCGAGGAACAGUGUGACACGCGGUGCCUGAGCCGGUGCGAGCCCUGGGGCACGUGGCAUCGGGUGCCAUUCGGCUGUGCCAAGCUCCAGGGAGCCCCGUGCCUCAGUUUCCCCUUGCCCCUCGCAGAGCUGCCGCCCUCCGAGUUCAUGCAGGUGGCGGAUUCGACGUGGCUGGUGCUCAGCGUCGUCUCCAACGGCCGGGCGCCCUCCGGCUGCCAGGCCACCGGCGUCACCAAGAUCGCCAGGUCGGUCAUCGCGCCGCUGGCCGAGCACCACGUCUCGGUGCUGAUGCUCUCCACCUACCAGACCGACUUCAUCCUGGUGCGGGAGCGGGACCUGCCGGUGGUGAUCCACACGCUGGCAGGGGAGUUCGACAUCUACAAGGAGGAGAGCGGCGAGUGCGUCCCCGUCACCUGCGAUGACGUGAGCAACGGCUUCCUCAAGCCCAAGCCGGCCGCCAGCCCCACGCUGCACCCCGUGCAGAGCCCCCAGACCCGCUUCUGCGUCCUGACCGUGGCCCCCGACACGCUGCCCGCCAUCGCCACCAUGCUCAUCGACGUCCUCUUCUACUCCCACAGCCCACCGAGGGAGGCUGGCGCUGACGGCCAGGACCUCGACUCCAUCACCUUCUUCGCCUUCUCCCUCAUCGAGGGCUACAUCUCCAUCGUGAUGGACGCCGAAACCCAGAAGCGGUUCCCCAGUGACCUACUGCUGACCAGCUCGACGGGGGAGCUGUGGCGGAUGGUGCGGAUCGGCGGGCAGCCCCUCGGCUUCGACGAGUGUGGCAUCGUGGCCCAGAUCGCCGAGCCGCUGGCCGCCGCCGACAUAUCGGCGUAUUACAUCAGCACCUUCAACUUCGAUCACGCCUUGGUCCCCGAGGAGGGCAUCGCCGAAGUCAUCCAGCUGCUGCAGCAGCGCCAGGAGAGCGGCAGAUAGCGGCCAGCUGUCCCCACACCGGGUGGCCCAGCGCGGUGGCACGAUGGCCUCCGCCUUCCCCCCCAUCUUUGUUAUUUUUUGAUUUUUAAGGCUCCCCCCCACCCCCGCCGCCCAGUGCGGGGCAGAGCCGGGUGCAGCAUCACUCCCUGCCUGCUGGGGAUGUGGGGACAUGGUGGCUUCAGGGAUUUGGUGGCCUCGUGGCGGUGGGACAGUGUCCCGUGGGGGGGGGAGCGGUCCCCACCGUGCCACCCCGCGGGUGAGGCCGAAGGGCAGCACUGUGCCAUUCUCUGCCCCCCGGGUUGGGGGGCUCGGGAGGGGAGCAGGUGUCCCCAGGGACCUGCUGGAGGAGGGGACAUGGGAGGGGACAUGCCAGCGAGGGGGGAUGUGGCACCGCGGUGCUGGGGGGUGACAGCCUGGGGCUGGCAGGAUGUGGCCCCACGCCCUGUGUGCGUCCCCAUGGCGGGGGCAGCUGUGAUGCUGUGGGGCACCCCCCAACCAGCCCCACGGCGGGGGAAAGCAUCCCCGGAGCUGGGAUUCCCUCCCGCACCCCAAAAAGCUCCAAGGCGGAGAUGGGGGGGCUGCAGUUCAGCCCCAGCCCUGUGUCCCCUCUGGGGUGGCCCCGUGCUCCUGCCUGGGCUGUUGCGUAUCGUGGGGGGGACAACAGUGACCCCCCCCCCCAACUCCUCCCAAGCUCUAUUUUCACAUAGUUUUUAUAAAAAGUCAAUAAAAGUCCUAUUAUUUUUA